UUCACCUCUGUUUGCUAUCUUUGGAGCUUGCUGUUUGCAUAUUUCUGGAAUUUUCUUCCGUGGCAGUAUUGUGCUAGAGAUGCUUCGUACAAGCCUUUGCAUAUUACAAGGCAGCUGGUUCUGGCAGAUUGGCUUUGUGCUUUAUCCUCCAAAUGGGAGGCCAGAGUGGAAUCAAAUGGAUCAUACCAAUAUGAUGUUCCUGACCAUGUGCUAUUGCUGGCAUUAUGCCUUUGCUUUUCUUAUACUUGCAGUCAAUUAUACAAUCGUCAACUGGGCAGUUCGUUCAAAGGUUAAACAGUCCCAGUCCAUGAAAUGGGAUUACUGA